AUGACCUCGGUUACCCCGCUGCUGCUUGCCACCGCUGGUGGUUUGCUGUGGGCAUUCGGCAUUGUGGGCAAGCGGCUGGGGGUUGAAGGAGCCACCAAUGCCAAUAGAGCGGCUCGCAUCCCGGAUGUUCAGUGCAAUGAGUUUCUCGGCUCGGCAAUUACAAUCUUCGUCUACUCGCUGACAACGGUGAUUUCCCCCUCCAUUGAUCUUAUUCGAAUGGGUGGAGACGGCUGGUCAAGGACCUGGAAUAAUCCAGAGUGGAACCAGCGCUUGCCUUGGAUCAUUGGUUGUGGGCUCGUCAGCGGCGCAGGUGGGUUGCUGGGCACACUGGCCUUCGCUUGGUCCGCAGGAUCCUCGAGUGCUUUAAUCUCAAUGAUAGAGAAUGGCGUCUAUACCACGACCGGUGCUUUGAUCAUCGCCGUGUAUUUCCAAGAGCACCUGAAGCCCCUGACGUAUGUUGGUAUCGUGCUCAUCUUGGUUGGUGUUGUCCUGGCGCAGAGCUCUUCCCGAGGAAAGGACCCGCCAGCCUGUGCUGACACGGAAUCGGAGUCGGAAUCGGAUCUGGAGCCGAUGAUGAAGAGAUCUGAUAGCGAGGCAUCGGAUUCCGUCAUUGCCCCGACGUUUCUUCGUAUGAGGUCCGUGAUGUUGGCCGCUGCAGCCGGAGCAUGCUGGGGGUGGGGGCCACUGGGGAAGAAGAUUGGGGUGCAUGGAAGCAGCGAUGCUGACAAGCACGAUUGGACAACUUGUACGUACUUUAUCUACAUGAUGUGCACUACCAUCGUUCCUCUUGGUCGAAUUCUGACAGUUGAUAGUGGCAGCAGACGGGAGAGUCUGCGUGAUCGCCGUUUCCGGUUUCUUCUGAUGGGAACGAUGGUGUGUGGACUUAUCUCAGGUUGCGGCGGCCUGAUCAGUACCUUCGCGUUCUCUCUAGAGGGCUACUUCUCUGGUGCCUUGAUCUCUACAGUGGAGAAUGGCAUCUACACGAUCUCAGGGGCCGUGAUGGUUGCUGUGCUCUUCGAAGAAGUUCUCAGCAAGCGACAGCUACUCGGUGCGGGAGCGGUCGUGUUGGCCAUCAUCCUCUUCGGCUUGGCGUAG